AUGGCAUCUGGACCGGCAGCUUCAUUGGGCGAACGCAUGGACCUGAACAAGACUAUGAGCUUGAACGCGAUGAUCCUGAAGCAGAGAAACAUUCCUGCUGGAAGUCCGCAAGCUCCGGUGCUUGAACCUGGAACAUUGGGAGCUGCUGAUGAAGUUGGAACGAACGUGUAUCCCGUGAACAUCAACGAUAAGACGAUGGUUUACUUCUACACCAUCAAAGUUGAAGUGAGUAUGAAGCCGGAAAACGUGGAGCGUUGGCUUGAUGUUACCAAAGCAGAACGUCGGAACGAGUAAGUUUGCUUUUUUUUAUAUUUUGAUUAUUGUUUUUGAACUGUCAGCUUGUUCUAGUGUGAAAAUAGUUUGAAGAAUUUGAAUUUAUGGAUUUUGUGUUAUUGUAGGUAACAACAUCAAUAUUUUUGUUUCUUUUGAUCAAGUGUUAUAUAGGCUUAGGAAAAUAAGUUGUGUUUUGUAAUGUUUUGGAGUUUUUGGUUUAAUUUUGACUGAAACUGUUCUUGUUUACUUGUUUUUGAUCUGACAAUUUAUUUAAAUUUCUUUUUGAUGUAACUUUUAUUUAAAAUGAGUUAAAGGAGCAAAAUUUCCGGAGCUUAUAGUCUAUUUACUUUGUCAGCUAAAGUAUAACUCGGAUUUUUAAAUUUUGAUUUUUAUUCGAUAUUACAGUAGUUUUAUUAUACCUCUUUUUUUUUGAAAUUUUUUAUGCAAAAGUUGCAUAAAUAGAAAAAUAACAAUGUUACUUGUAGGUGUUUUUUGUAUAGAUUUUUGAAUAUUAGCAAAUUCGUUAUUUUGUUAGUAAAUGUUACAUAUUGGUCAUUUUGAAUCAUUUUAGAGUGGAAAAUCGCAAUUUGUUGCGUUUGGCCUACGAUGUCUUCGGAUACGCUCUGCCUCACAUUACCAGUGUCAUUCCUAAUCCAAAUAUGGUUGCUUAUGAUGCUCGAAGGUCUCUGUAUGUCUUCAAUCAGAAGCUCUGUAUCAGUGGAGAUGUAAGUUGGUAUUUUAUAGUUUUGUUUUUACUCCUUUUGAGGUUAUUUCGGACAUUUAAUAAUGAAUAUAGUAAUAAAAAUAAUGAAUUUGGCUUAAAGACUAAUUUUCUGGUUUUCAGAAGGAACUGAUUGUCAAGUUGGAGGAGGAUCUUCCACUUCAACGACCAUUCCGGUCCGCUCGUAUUACCAUUUCUGAUUUGGAGCGUGAAGCGUGCUUGGGUGAUCCCAACAGUCCACACAUCCAGUCGGUGAUCAUGGCUAUGGAGACAUUGUCGAGUCAGGGAUUCAUGAAACGAGAGAAAGAACAUUACUUCUUCUCACCUCAACAAAGUUACCCCGCCAAUCCUGAGAACUACAACAUUCCAAGCAGCGAACAUCCGAACAUUGGAGCUCAAUGUGAGGCAGCUGUGGGUAUUCAGAAGAUCUGCAAGUAUGUCAAGGCUGGAGGGACGCCGAUGUGGGCUGCGGUUUUGAAAAGUGAGUGAAUAUGAGAUUGAAAAUGAAGGAUUUCAAAAAAUUUAAAUUUUUUCUUAAUAAAUGACUUGAAUUCAUUAAAAUUUUAUGAUAAAAAUAUUGAUUUUAACUUUUUAGUGAAGAAAACCCCUUUCUACUAUCCAGUUGCCGUCAUUGAGAAGAUUAAAGACGCUUUUCCGGACCUCUACCGCAAUCCCCGAGUAGACAUGCUCAACGAACUCAACGAUGUUCUCCAAGGCUUGCUGGUUCAGCCCAUUCACCUACCUAAAGGUUGGCCAAUCCAAAUCAGAGCGAUCGUUCCCGAGAAUGCGCGUCAACGCAAGUUCAGUCUUCAGUCGGGUCAAGCAGUAUCCAUCGAAGAAUACUAUCAACAACGUUACAAUUUCAAGUUGGAAUUCCCUGAACUUCCAUUGGCCGAGGUCAAGAACGGAGAGAAUUUCAGCUAUCAUCCUCUGGAACUGUUGACUCUUUGUGCUGCACAAAGGACUAAGCCAAGACAUUUGCAUCAUGUCACCGCCAACUUGAUCAGGGUAGGCCUUGCUGUUUUUCAUUUGUUUUGCUUUAGGGGUGGGGGAUAUGGUGGCAUGAUUUGUUUUUAAAAAUACGUUUUAGGUAUGUGCCAAGCUUCCGUCUUUCGUGAAGAACGCUUUGCCAUCUGUGCGCAAGAUGUUCCAUUUUGAAGAGAAUUCGCAAAUGAAGGAGCUGGAAGUUGAAGUCUAUCCUCAACCAGCAAGUGUAAGUUUUGUUUUCUAAAGAAGUUUUUUAAUUUUUAAAUUAAGUCGGUUUAAAAUUUUUAAACUUAAUCAGAUUAUAACUACAAAUUUGAUUUAGAUCCCUGCUCGUCGUCUUCCGAACCCAGGAUUGAGAUACAAGAACGUUGACAUGCCAGUUGAUGUUCAUCAAAGCACUUGGAAGACUGGAAACUUUAUCAAAUGUGCUCAAGAAGUCAAGUGGGCGAUAUACGCUGUGAUCAGAGGUGGCAUGAACAAGGAUCAAUUGGUUCAAUUUGCUAAGGACUUCAUGCGCUACAGUGGAUCCAAGGGAAUUGAACUGAUGGAGCCUCUGGAAUGUCAGAUACACAAUUACGAAUCGAACCAGAAGAUCGAGAACAUGAUCAGAAGAGCCAAGGAGCUGGGCAAGUGCAACUACGUUCUCUUUGUCACCGACAAGGCCUUGAAGAUUCAAGGUAAGUUUUUCUUUUGAUGGAGUUAAAAUGCGUUCUUUUGAUAAUGAAUGUUUAAGUCAAAAAUAUUUCUUAAUACUUGAAAAAGAUUUUAUUUAAAAUAUCAUUUUAGACCCCAUCAAGAAAGCCGAACAGCAAUGGGACAUUAUCACCCAGAAUGUCACUCUCGACACCGUCAAGAACAUCAUGGGCUGGAAGGGAAAACCUCCAAGCAGGUUGACUAUGGACAACAUUGUCUCCAAGUUCAACACUAAACUUGGUGGACUGAACUACAAUGUUUGCCAACUUCCCGAGCAAAAAGUGAUGGGAAAAGACGAUCUCUACAUUGGACUCACAUUCUCAUUGCCAGCCAUUGGUGGAGUUGAAAACAAACACAGCAACGAGAAGGAAACCAAACCUCAAGCUACUCCAAACGUUGUAGCUUACAUGGCCAACGAUUUGAAGGAAACUGACACGAUUGGAUUCACUGGAGAUUAUGUUUAUCAGAGUCCCGAUGUUCAACAGAUUCGUCUGCCAAUCAUUGAGAAGAUUCUGACAGAGGUUUGCGAGAGAUUCGUCAAGAAUCGUGGAGGUAAACCAAAGAGAGUCUUCUUGUUCCGUUAUGGAGUUGCUGAGACUUUCUAUGAAAUGGUAAGUUAUCUUUUAUAUUGUUUUAGUGUUAAAAAAUGAUUAUACAAAAUUUUUUAGCAGGAAAGCAAAAAUACUUUGAUAUUUGAAGGUUUUUUAUCAGUUUUACCUAUUUUUAAACUUAUAAUUAUACUUUUUCAGAUUCUGACUCAAGAAAUUCCUUUUAUCAAGCACGUUCUCGAGAAACUUGGCCUUGGUAACUUGGUCUACAUUGUGGCUUCACGCACUCACAAUGUCCAGUUCUUCAGAUCAAAAAUCACCGGUACAAAGCCUUCCGAACAGAAUCUUCCGUACGGUAUGGUGAUGGACCGUCUGAUCGUGAACCACAAGUACUCGGAGUUCUACCUUCUUCCCCAUACGGCUCGUCUUGGUAUGGCUCAAAUUCCACGCUUUGCUGUCUUGUUCAAUGAUGCCAGAUGUGACAUGGACACGAUCCAGAUGACUACUUACUGUUUGUGCUUUGCUCAUCAGAUUGUGGCUACAUCGACUGGCUUGCCAACUCCAAUUUACUGCGCUGAACAAUUGGCUGACCGUGCCAGGAGGAACUGGAACAGUAGAUCUGGCGAAAUUAUGUAGGUUUUUGCUUUAUAUUAAGGUUAGGAUUUGGUUUGUGGGAUGUUUUGGAUUAGGGUGGGCUUAAAAUCCUUAUUUUUUGAUUAAUCGGGUUCACGAGGAGUUUUAUUACCUAAACUAGCAUUUUUAUGUUGUAGUAUAUAUAGAAUUCAUUUUUCAAAUUUCAGUGACGCUGCUCUUACGAACAAUGACUUGACUGGUGUUGAUAUGUACGAUCAUGUUACCAUGCACUUGGGACACCAGCGCCGUGCCAUUCUGCGUGACGUUCGGUUCAAUGCUUAG